AUGAAGACCUUCAUCACCCUUUUGGCCCUCGUAGCCAUCGCUUUGGCUGACAAUGCUCCCUACCGUCCCGCCCCUUACAGCCCCGCCCCUACCUACAAGGAGGAGCCCGCUGCCUACCAAUACCAAUACGCAGUGGCUGACGACUAUGCCGGAGUCAACUUUGCUCAAAAUGAGGCUCGUGAUGGUUAUGCCACCAACGGUGAAUACCGUGUUGCCCUGCCCGAUGGCCGCACCCAAAUUGUGACCUACAAUGUGGCUGAUGCUUACUCCGGAUAUGUGGCUGAUGUGCGAUAUGAGGGAGAGCCCAAGUACGAGUCCUACAAGCCCGCCCCUGCUCCUUACAAGCCUGCCCCUUACAAACCCACUCCUUCUUACUCUGCCUAAGAAGUCCCUUCACCGGAUCUUUCUCUAAUUUAUUUUGAAUAAUAUUUACAGAGAAAUACAAUCUCAUACAUUCUGCAAUAGCUUCAUUGUUUUUUGACGCACUCAAUUCCUGA